AUGCUCCUCACCUUCAGCCUCACAAUGUACGUUCACGACCGUAUCGAGCACUGGGUACACGAGGCGAUAAAAGGGGCCUACAACGACGCCUCCCACCACCGACGUUCCGAGACGAUUCGCGAUUCCAUAUCCCCAGAUGACUAUAUCACGUGGCUUGGUGACGAAGGCGAACAGGCCAUGGACAGCACGGAUCUCCGAAUCACGCCGGAGCGCAACUUGACGUGGGGCAUGUUCUCCGAUUGCCUUCCCGUGAUCAAUUGGUUCGUGUCGAACUAUCCGGAGUGGGAUUUCUGGCUCGCGAUAGAAGUGGCUGGGGUGGCGGGGAAUUUGGGGGAAUGUUGGAUGUAUACACGCUAA